AUGCGGUUUCCCGUCUUCAUCCUCAGCCUGCUCUGGCUCGUUCCCGGAGCCUUGGGCGCCGGCAGACGAGCAGUAUAUGAGAAGAUCCUAUUCUUCUAUGCAUACCGAAUCGACCAGCUUUUACCGGAGGACCAGCGAAUAGUAGGCGCAAAGACGGUCUAUACUCUCGGCGAGUUUAUUAGGCAUAUCGAUAGCAACAAGGACGAAGAAAAGCUCGACUUUGACAUAAAGAAAACGGCGGAAAAUAUUAUUAAGUACGAUGCUACUGAUGGUCGUAACCUGCCCUACCGCCUCUUUAAGGACGGCGCUCUCCCUGCAUAUCAUGGGGCCGAUAUUAUUAAGAACGGCGUGGUUCUCGGUAAGAAGAGGGGCUACGACGGGUCGCUGAAUUCCAUCUUCGAUCGGAUGGCCUACGUCAAAAGUACGCUCCCCCAAGCGACCUUCGACCGUCCCGACGUCAAGUUCCUCUUUGAUCGGGUCGAGGAGAGCCGUACCUCGGUGUUAGCCGCGCGCACGGCCGACCAUGACUACUAG